GCUUACACCGCAUUUUCACGAAGUCACGCGGCGGUGUCCGUCCGACGUUGAAAUGAAUGCCAAACACGAGCAUGUAAGGUCUAAAAAACAUGCGUGUCGUCUCCCUGCACCGCGGCACCAGGGCCCUCUCCAUGCCGUGCCAGCUUCGCUCUACACCCUCUGCAUCCCGUCAGUUUGACAGUUACCGUUGCCUGAGCACAGAACUUACCGAGCGUCCAGAGAGAGACCCAGACGAUGGGGGAGUCCAGCCAUCAUCACGCUCACGCAUAAAUAUAUCCACACUGCAUCACACUUCCUCUGACAAAAGCACUGACCCCCGUCUCAAGAGUCAAGAACCCUCUCCCUCCAUAGACUUCGAAACCAACAACGCGCACGCCGGAAUCUCCUCAUGGCCGACGAGAAAGAAGGCGACUCGCUGCAGCCGCCGUCCAAGCUGCCCCGCCUCUCCUCCGCCGACGAGAACGCCGGGGCGGUGACGAUGGCGGUCUCGUCGCCGCUGGGUCUUGGCCUCGGCCUGGGGCUCGGCGGCGAUAGCCGUGGCGAGCAGCACGCCUUGGAAGCACGGGCGGUGGCGGCGGCGGCGAAGUCGGUGCUGACGUUCAUGCAGCAGCAGGAGCUGGAGCACCAGGUGCUCAUCUACCGCUACUUCGCGGCGGGGGCGCCCGUGCCGGUGCACCUCGUGCUUCCCAUCUGGAAGAGCGUCGCCGCCUCCUCCUUCGGCCCGCACCGCUUCCCCUCGCUGAUUGGGCUGGGGAGCAUGUGCUUCGACUACCGGAGCAGCAUGGAGCCGGAGCCCGGGCGGUGCCGCCGCACGGACGGCAAGAAGUGGCGGUGCUCCCGCGACGUGGUGCAGGGGCACAAGUACUGCGAGCGGCACGUCCACCGGGGCCGCGGCCGUUCAAGAAAGCCUGUGGAAGGAGCCCCCGCCGCACCGGCGCACAACGGCAGCAGCACCGCCGCCACCGCCGCCCCGUCCCGCGGCAUCGGCUUCUCCCCCGCCGGCAUCCUCCACGCCACCCACAGCGCCGCCGCGCACGCCACCUGAGGCCGAGGGCCUCAUCCCGUUCCCACCGCGUCCGUCAUGGCGCGUGGGCGUGGGGCAAAAUCGUGCAAGAAGGAAAUCCGCAGGGAUUUUGUCGCGUCAUGUAACUUUUUCUUGGGCAGCUUUUGAAACUACUAGUAUAAAUCUGCUGGGUUCGAUGGCA